CAAACAAAUUUUGAAUAACAUCUUAAGACAAUAAUUCACGAAUUUAAGGAGGAGCAUGGUUGAGCUGGACUGGACGACUUUAAUAUAAUGGAAAAGCGAAAUUUAUUCCCGCCAACCCCACACUCUUAUAGGAAUAUCCUUACACAUGGGAGUGCCCCGCAGGCAAACAUCAGUCAACCCAACAGCAGUGGCAGAAGUGCUAAUAUUCAUGCUGGCUUUUAAUUUCCCCGCGUGGGUGGGUUCAUUCUUCCUUCCUUCGAUGUCCUACCCUACUGCGUUAUCAUAUCACCCCGUUGGAUGAUUGCAAUCGUCUUCACAUUCCUGACGGACGGUGCUUUGCCUCUUUUUUUAUUGCGUGUUGCUCCUCAAUUCAACCUGCUUCCUGCUCCCCCGGGGGAGUGUUUUAUAAUUGAAGGCCCGGUUGCCUUUGGGACCAGCAGUCUGAUUCCGGCAGCCAACAGGUUCACAUCACUUGGCCAUGGGCAACAAGGUGGUCACUUUCACCGACCAGCAGCUGGAGGACUACCAGGACUGUACGUUCUUCACGAGGAAGGACAUUCUGAGGGUGCACAAGCGGUUCCGCGAAACCAGUCCGGAACUGGUGCCGGAGGUGAUGACCGAGGGGCAGGCCACCUCGAUACAGGUGCCACGAGAGAGGAUCGAGAAGAUGCCCGAGCUGGUGGAGAACCCGUUCAAGGGGAGGAUUUGCGAGGCGUUUUCCCGCCAGGGCGAUGGAAAUUUAACCUUUGAGGACUUUUUGGAUCUGCUGUCGGUGUUUAGUGAGCAAGCGCCGAGGGAUAUAAAGGUGUUUUACGCGUUUAAGAUUUAUGACUACGACAAGGACGGCUUCAUCGGCCAGUCGGACCUACUGAGCGUAAUCACCGCCCUAACCGUAAACGACCUGACCACCGAAGAGCGCCAGCAGAUCGCCGACAAGGUUAUCGAGGAAUCGGACGUAGAUGGCGACGGAAAGUUGUCCUUUCUGGAGUUUGAACACGUGAUAACCCGGGCACCGGAUUUCAUCUCCACGUUUCACAUUCGAAUUUAAUGCCGCCGCCGUCGUCCACCUGGCGGGAAAAGAGGGGACACUUUUCGAUGAGCAUAGCUGGGACGUCAACCUUCAGUUCGAAAAGCGAAGUUGUUCUACGAGUUUUCGGUAUAACAAAGCGCUUCAGUGCUGACAUCUGUUAAAAAACAGUUGAAACUGCUCAGAGGAGAGGGAUUCUGCUUAGGUUUAAUGCAAUGUGUAUGCCAGUUCUAAAUAAUUUGAAAAUAGUAAAUUCUGAUUUUAUUACUGUUUUUUCCUUUUACAUAAUAAUCACAGUUAAGGCAAAACAUUUUGUCCUUAAUUUGUGUUUCAGCAUACUAGAGUGUUUUAGUUUAAUGUCGAUUUGUCACAUAAAUAUCUGUAAAAAUCAAUCAAUCAAAAAUCAACCAAAAGAUUGCCAACUGAUUGGGAUAAAUAGCCCAUAAAAUUUGUAUGCAGCUAUUUGUCUCACUCCAAAUGCAAAUUUUAUGGACUUCAAACUAGUUUUCGUUUGCAUUUUCCAAGCAAUAACAAUUUACAGAAAGCACAGUUUUCAUGCCUC